CUCUCCUCUAUACGAUUGUAACAUAUACCCUCUCCUCUAUACUAUUGUAACAUAUACCCUCUCCUCUAUACUAUUCUAGCAUAUACCCUCUCCUCUAUACUAUUGUAACAUAUACCCUCUCCUCUAUACUAUUCUAGCAUAUACCCUCUCCUCUAUACUAUUGUAACAUAUACCCUCUCCUCUAUACUAUUGUAACAUAUACCCUCUCCUCUAUACUAUUGUAACAUAUACCCUCUCCUCUAUACUAUUCUAACAUAUACCCUCUCCUCUAUACUAUUGUAACAUAUACCCUGUCCUGUAGCUGGUCUAUACCGCUCGGUGCAGGCCCAUCGCAGCCAGUCUCGUAGAGAGGGCAGUGCCCUACAGCAGGACCCUGGACCUCUGUAUGACUUUAACCUGGACGAGGAGCUGGAGCUGGAGCUGGACGAGGAGACCAUGGAGGCCAUGUUCGGUCAGGACCUGGCCAGCGACACUGACAUCCUGGGCAUGUGGAUCCCAGAGGUACUGGACUGGCCAACAUGGCAUGUGUGUGAGACAGAGGAACGAGACGAGGUGGUAGUAUGUGAGUUGUGUGAGGCGAGCGUUGCCAACUUCAACCAGCACAUGAAGAAGAGCCACCCUGGCUGCGGGCGCAGUGCCAACCGACAGGGUUACCGGAGCAACGGGUCCUACGUAGACGGAUGGUUCGGAGGGGAGUGUGGCAGCGGUAACCCGUACUACCUCCUCUGUGGUAGCUGCCGGGACAAACACCUGGCGGUUAAGAGUAAAACCACAGUCCCCGUGCCGGAGAGGUCAGUGGCGGACAGAAGAUAUAAGGGACUGGCCCCGGACCUCUUGGGAAAGCAGGACUGUGUCUAUGAAGAGGAAUGGGACAUGCUGGAUGUUGAUGAGGAUGAGAGGUUAACUGGGGAGGAGGAGUUUGAGCUGCUGGCGGGACCGUUGGGUCUGAGUGAGCGCCGGGUCGUCCCGGAGGCCGUCCAGUUCCCCGACAGUGACCCCCUGGGGGCGUCCGUAGCCAUGGUGACCGCCACCAACAGCAUGGAGGAGACUCUGCUGCAGAUAGCUUCAACAGGUGUGUGUUUCCCAGGCUGCCAGGGCGCGGUGGAGAACAGCUCCUCGGCCAGGGGGACUCUGGGUGAGCAGGCCGCAGCGCUGGACAACCCCCAUGACAGGGUCAUGGCUCUGAGGAGAGUGACCUCUGCAGCGCAGGUUCUCCUGGCCAGGACCAUGGUGAUGAGAGCCCUGUCUCUACUCUCUGUCAGUGGUUCUAGCUGCAGCCUGGCAGCAGGGUUGGAGUCUCUGGGUCUGACAGACAUCAGGACCCUAGUCAGACUGAUGUGUCUGGCUGCAGCAGGGCGAGCCGGCCUCUCCACCAGCCCUACAGCUGGAUCAGGGGCCUCAGAGCGGCCCCGCGGGGCCACCAAGGCCAGUAAACCUAUCUCCUGUCUGGCCUAUCUCAGUACGGCUGUGGGUUGUCUGGCCUCCAACAGCCCCAACGCUGCCAAGCUGCUGGUCCAGCUCUGCACACAGAACCUGAUCUCGGCGGCAACGGGGAUGAACCUGACCACGGUAGAUGACCCCGUCCAGAGGAAGUUCCUCCCCAGCUUCCUGAGGGGCGUGGCCGAGGAGAACAAGCUUGUGACGUCACCCAAUUUCGUGGUCACCCAGGCCCUCGUGGCCCUACUCGCUGAUAAAGGGGCCCGGCUCAGACCCAACUAUGACAAGACUGACGUGGAGAAGAGAGCAGGUUUAAUUGCACAUUUGUAUACCCAUCCUUCCUAUAAUCCCACUGCUGUAGGACCGCUGGAGCUGGCCAAUGCGCUGGCUGCUUGCUGCCUGUCUUCUCGCCUGUCCUCGGGACACCGGCAGUGGGCCGCUCAGCAGCUGGUCCGCACGCUGGCCGCUCACGACAGAGACAACCAGAGCCGGCCUCAAACCUUCGCCGACAUGGCGGGUGACCUGCGCAAGUGCUCUUCUGUGAAGUUGGAGGCUCACCAGAGCAGGGUGAUCACGUGUGGUUGGUGCAGUAGGAAAGGCCUGCUGGCCACCAGCGGUAACGAUGGAACAGUCCGGGUGUGGAGCGUUACUCAGAACCAGUACACCCUCCAGCUGACCUGCGUCUUCAACAGAACUGCUGGUUCUCCAGAGGAGGGUGGACAGUGUCUUGGUUCCCCAGGCGACCCCAGUCUGUCUCCUCUGGUCUGGAGCGUCACGGGCAAAUACCUGGCUGCUGCCAUGGAGAAACUAGUCAACAUCUGGCAGGUCAACGGUGGUAAGGGUCUGCUGGACGUGCAGCCCCACUGGGUGUCAGCUCUGGCCUGGCCGGAGGGAGAAGCCGUGUCCCUGUGGUGCGGGGAACCCAAAGAUGUGUUGCUGGUGGGACGUAUGGAUGGAUCCCUGGGCCUUAUAGAGGUCCGCGACGCCUGCACCAUGCAUCGCACUGAGCUGGACCACUGCUACAGGAAAGAUGUGUCAGUGAUCCACAUAGCCUGGUACAGUGAGGACAGGCCGUUCGCCGUGGGCUACGCUGACGGGAAGCUGCUGAUUGGAACCAAAGAGCCUCUGGAGAAAGGAGCCGUCGUGGUCAUCGAUGCCCAUAAGGAGUCCAUCACCAGUAUAAAGUGGGAUCCUACUGGUCAGAUGCUGUUGACCUGUGCCAAAGAGGACGUGGUGAAGCUAUGGUCCAGCCCUGGGUCAGGGUCCAGCCCUGGAGCAGGCUGGACGUGUCUGCAGAGUCUCCCCCACCCUGCCCAGGUCAAUGGAGUGGCCUGGUGUGGUCUGACUGGACACGGAGCCAGACCUCUCAACAUGCUGGCCACGUGUUGCCAAAACGGACUGGUGUCAGUCUGGACCGUACCUCAAGACGCCUCUGCCUUCCCAGAAUCCCCCUCUUCUGGCUCCGAGCCCCGGAGGGACAACGAACCCAAAGCCAAACGCAAGCAGCAGCAGAGUUCCAGCAGGCGUGUGGAGGGGGCGGUGUGUGUGUUCCAGCUGAAGGGUCAUAUCACCCCGGUCAGGACAGUAGUCUUCAGCCCUGACGGCCUGGCCCUGGUGUCUGGAGGGGUGGGAGGCCUCAUGAACAUCUGGUCCCUACGGGACGGCUCAGUGCUCCAGACAGUAAUAGCCGGGUCAGGAGCCAUCCAGAACAUAGUCUGGAUCCCAGAUGUGGGCGUGGCCGUCUGCUCCAACAGGUCAAAGGAUGUGUUGGUGGUGAACUGCUCGACAGACUUCAUGUCCUCUCACCAGGUGCUAGCCACCUGCCGGACGGCGCUGAAGAAACAGGGGGUUGUGGGAUUGAACAUGGCUCCGUGUAUGAGAGCCUUCCUGGAGAGGCUUCCUGUUAUGCUGCAGGAGCAGUACUCAUAUGAGAAGCCCCAUGUAGUGUGUGGAGAACAGCUAGUCCACAGCCCCUAUAUGCAGUGCCUGGCCUCCCUGGCCGUGGGGCUACACCUGGAUCAGCUCCUGUGUUCCCCUCCCGUGCCCCCCCACCUCCGCCUCUGUCCCCUGGAGCCAGCCACCUGUACCUGGUCACCCGGCGAGUGGGCGUGGCUAGACUGCUUCUCCACCACGGUGAAGGCAGCGGAGGCCCUGGCUCGGGGCAACACGUUCCCAGAGGCCUUUGCUGUUCCCGACCUGGAGCCUGUACCCAAGGAGGAGAUGGUCCUUCUCAUGGACAACAGUACAUGGGGUUCUGGUAUGGAUUAAUACUCUCUUGUCU